AUGCCGGACUCUAGCGACCUCCAAUCCAAGCAUCGUCAUAUAGCCGGCCAUUGCACGAUGUGUCUAGCUUCAUCAUUCAAUGGCCACCAUGCUAACCAUAUAUACAAGGAUGAUGAUGAUGAUGAUAUUGUUGGGAAUGACAACAGAAACGCCUUUGGUAAUGGUAAUGCGUGCCGUUGA